AUGGAGCCCCCGAGCUCCCUGCUGGAGCCCGGUUCCCAGCCGGGGGGCGGAGGCAGGCGGCUCCCCCGGGGCUCCCCGGACAAGCCGCUGCCGGAGCCCCGCGAGCGGCAGGACGUGGAUCGGCCUGCCCUGGGCGAGGAGGGGAGCGGCCCGGCACUGGAGCUGGUGGUCGCAGUGGCUGGCUCCCAGGCGCCGGUGGGGUUCGAGGAGGUGGCCGUGUAUUUCUCCCGGGAGGAGUGGGGGCUCCUGGACGAAGGGCAGAGGCAGCUCUACAAGGACGUCAUGCAGGAGAAUUACCAGACUCUGAUCUCGCUGGGAUUCCCUGUCCCCGACCGGGCCGUGAUCUCCUGCAUGGAGCGAGGGGAAGAGCCGAGGGUCCCGGAUCUCCAGGACUCCAAGGAAAGGGAGAUCCUGAGAGGUGCCCACAUAGGUGCCGGGAGAGAGAAGGAGAAUUCCCAGCAGGAAGGGCCUGCAGGAGCGGAGCUGAAUGGGACGUCCCGGAGCCCUGAACGGGGAGAUGGCGGCAGAACAGGAUGGCAGCGGGCAGACAAGGAGCCAGGGUGCAGGCGCAGGAGGGCACGGCCCGUCAACUGCGGGGAUUGUGGGAAAAGCUUCAUGAAGAACUCAGAGUUAAUCAAACACCAGCGCACGCACACGGGUGAGAGGCCCUACCAGUGCCCUGACUGUGGGAGGUGCUUUGCCAUCCGCUCCAGCUUGGAUCGCCACCAGAGGGUCCACACCGGCGAGCGGCCCUUCCCCUGCACCCGCUGCGGGAAGAGCUUCAAGCUUAGCUCGGCCCUGAGCCGGCACCGGCGCGUCCAUGCUCAGGAGGGGCCCUGUUUCUGCGCUGAAUGCGGCAGGGGUUUCAGGCACAGUGCUGCACUAACCCAACACCAGGCUGAGCACCUGAACCAUGGAGACCCCACCAACGGACCUGUGGGGACACGGGUCUACAAGGACCCCUUUGUCCAGGCACGGGACCUUGAGGGGGAGGUUGGUGGGAUAUGGUAUGCUGAGCCUGUGAAAGAGGAGAGUGGGUGA